AUGACGAAUCCUUCAACUUCUUUGUAUUUACAAUGUCUCAUCGGGAUUCAGUGUCAGGACUUCGUGUUGGUAGCCGCAGACCAGACAAAUAUACAGAGUAUUAUCGUCAUGAGCGACGACGAGGAUAAGCUCCACAACAUUUCGGAUAGUCUUGUAAUGGGAGUUAUAGGAGAUCACGCUGAUGCGGUACAUUUGCAGCAGUACAUUACCAAGAACUUGCAGUUGUACAAGCUGAAGAACGGAUACGAGUUGGACACGCCUGCCGUGGUCCAUUUCACAAGGAGGACCCUGUCUGAUAGUUUGAAAAAUGGCAAUCCUACGAUGGUGAAUAUGCUAUUAGCUGGUUAUGAUAGGAACACAGGCAGUGCACUAUACGCCCUGGACUUCUUGGCUUCUUGCGUCAAAGUGCCGUACGCUGUCCACGGCUUCGGAGGCAUCAUCAGCUUGGGUAUCCUGGAUGACCUCUACAGACCAACGUUAUCGCAAACAGAAGCUUACGAAGUAUUGAAAGUUUGCAUCAGGGAGAUACAGAAGAGACUGUUUGCUAAUCUGAAGAAUUUCCAAGUUAAGAUUGUGUCUAGAUGCGGCAUCAAGACGCUGCCGACGAUAAACGCAGAUACUUUUAGUAAAUAA